UAAAGAGACUUAAAAUAUAUGCCUUUUAUUCUACCUUAGCAAUAUUUCAUUACUUAUUCUAUUAAAUCAAUAUCUGAAAACAUAGCAUAAAGAAGGUAGUGAAUUAAAUUAAAUUUGUUUAAGGUUUUGCUCCUUGUCCUUAUAAAUCUCUAUAGCAGCUUUAAAUCACUGACUUUUAAAACCCCUUCCAAAAGUCAGUAUCUUUUUUUUUUUCAUAUACUACCUUUGCCCCUCCCAACCACUAGGACUUUACCACUCCAGUCCUAAGUUUUCAGAUAGAAAGACAGAGAGAGAGAAAGAAAAACAGAAAAACAUCACAUCAGUUUCCUUCUGUGUGGUGGGGACCAGCUUCUAACCUGGGUCAUACAUUUGAUAAAACAAGAGCACUAUCCAAUUGAGCUGUCUAGCCAGUUCCAGGUAACUUUCUGACUAACAUGCUAAAGAUUUUGUCUACCUAAAUUCAGGAAACCAUUUUCCAAUGAGGACUGCCACAUUAGACAGUUUUCAUAUUUAUGACCACAACUUGUCUACAUUUUUCUCUAUGAUGUUCUUGGUUUACUUCUGCAAGUUCAUAAUCCAUCCUCCUUUCUAAGUUGACUUCCAGUGAACCAGCCCCUCCACCCAUGCACAAAGCUUCACCAGACCCCAAUAAAGGAGCUCUCCAAGGAAUGACCCAGGGAUGUCUGUCCCUGAUAGUCCAGUGUCCUCCUACAAACACUUUGGCCCCAACAUCACCUCAUUUUCUGGACAACUUCUUGGAUGAACUAGAGAAGUCUGACACUUUCACUUUGUCAGCUGACCAAGUCAAAUCAAAUACCCUAGAAGACAUCACUCUUGAAAUUAAAGAGGAGCCUUCUUUUCUCCUCCCAUUGCUUCCAGCCUCUGUACCUGCUAAGCCACCUUCCUCUUUGCUACCUUUUUCCUCUUCUGGGGAGACCUCAGCUGCAACCCAGAUUUCUGAGGCAACACCACAUCAGGACACCAGAAAGAUCAUUCAAAGCAAGUUUACUGAUUUGACAAAAAUGGAAAGGGGGCUUACAAACUCUAUAAAAGUACCAGAAAUCCUGGGUGAUAAGUUUGUGACCUCUGCACACACCAGUGUGGGUCCCUUGCCCCAAACACUUCCUGUCAUUGGAGAGGAAGAUGAGGAAAUCUAUGAAGGGGUUCUGUCAGGCAACCUAAGGGGGCCAGAAUCUCUGUCACUAGAUGGUCUGUGGUGUAGCCAUGAUGGUUCUGAAGUGGCACCAAGUCUGCACAUUGAAGAAGAGGAUGAAGAGAGGAAACCUGAUGACUUAAACUAUCUGGUAGCCAACCUCUCAGAACCUAAGAUCCUUAAGGAAGACAGCAAUGCAGCCAAAUCCAGUAAUGAGCCAUCUUCAUUUUCUUCGGGAGAUCCAGAAUCUACACCUUUGCUUAGCUGUCUGCUUUCCUCCCCUCCCUUUCAUUCACCUUUGGCCUCUGUCUCUGACCUGGUCACUGCACCUCCUCAGCCUACCCAGCCCUAUUCACUUCCUCUCCUCCCUAAAUACUCUUAUCAACAGGAGAUAAGUUCAACAAAACUAAAGGUAACUGCAUCUUGAGUGUGGCUGAUUGCAUGUCUUUCAAUGAGUUCAACUCACUAAAUGUAUGUAUUUAGAUUUGUGCCAUCUUAUAAGAUGUAAAAAGUCAUAUAAAUCUUGAUUGCUAACUUUUAAUAUCAUUGGCAUGGCUUCUAUCCAAAAAUCUAAAAGAUAUGCCUGAUGGUAACUGUAGCCAGAUCCAGGGGGGAAAAAAGCAACUAAAAUUUAUGUAAGAUUAAAAAACAAUUAUAUUUUUAAGUUAAGAUUCAACAGAAACAUACCAUUCAAAGGCAUCAGAUUGUGCCUGAUAUCUUCUGCCACUUCCUAGUGGAUUACUUGUCUUUCAUCAUUUCCCACCUCCCUAUAGUAUUCAGAUGAUCUUUCUUGCUCUCUAAUGUAUCAUACCAGCAGUUAGUAUUUGAUCUACAAGUCAUAAUAUUGAUAGAGUUCCUAUAUUUCUUAAUACUAGGGUAACUGUAGGUCCAGAAAUAAUCAUAACUCAAACAAGGUAGACUUAUCUUUCUCUUAUUCAUUAAUGUAGGACAUCCAUAUUCUGAUGAGGAUUAGAUGUAUAUAUCAUGUUGACAAGACAAAAAAAAAGCGAUAUAAACAUUGGUUGUUAAUUUUUAAUAUCGCUAGCCAGGCCUUUAUACAAGUGACUCUGUGAUUUGAAGGGAACCCAGGAGAUUCCAUUUCAUUUUGACACCUCACCAUCCUCAAAGAGAAAAUUCACUUCAUGCUCCAAGGUGACUGAAGCAUCUCCUGCACCCCUUCCCUCUUCUAUAAUGAAGGAACGGAGGGGAAAAACAGAGGGAUGUUCAUGCCUUCCCCCUCAAAAUUUACUUUCCAGAAAUUGAACCUAUACCAUAUCACAACUCAUCACAUGAGCACUUCUAGAUGUAGAAAAGGCUGGAAGAGUAGACUAUUCAGAAUGGUCAGACGGGGAUAGACAGCAUAAUGGUUAUGCAAAGAGACUCUCAUGCCUGAGGCUCCGAAGGCCCAGGUGCGAUCCCCCACACCACCAGAAGUCAGAGUUGAGCAGUGCUCUGGUUAAAAAAAUUAAAAGAAUGGUCAUGUGCUUACCUGUUUCUGAGAGAGAACCAAGUCUAGAGUGGAUAUCAUGAGACAGCAAGCAUUCUCUAUCAAAAGUGUUAAACAAAAAGAUCAAAUAUAUUUCAUUCCAAGAAACCAGAGAUUUGAGGUCAGUCAUUGCUCAGUAUUAUGGAAAAUUCUUUAAUGAGAGUUUAGAAAACCAUAUGCUUUAACUUAAAAGUUCUGAAGUUCUACAAAAGCUCUCAUUAGCCAAAAUGAGUCCCAGACACUAAAUUGUUGGAUUUUGUCUACUAAUGUGAAGAAAAUAAAGCAUGCUCACACGCAAAGAACAGCUAACUGAUUAUCAUAUUAAUAGUCUUAACUUGGAAUACACCAAAAUAAUCACAAAGUAGUUUUACUUAGAGCACUAUUCAGCAUUUAAUUAUGCUUCAACACUUUUUCCAGGAAAAAAAAAAUACUUUUUGUUAGAAAAUUUGCCUUUAAGCAAUGACACUUUCUAUGAAAUUGGAUAGAUAGUAAGCAGAAUUCCCCUUUAUAACACUUUUCAUCUCUUCAAAUAAACACAAACAGAUAAAAACCUGAGGGUUUCUUGAACCCAUUUAUUGAGCAUUUUACUGAAGGGGUAACAUUUCUUGUAUAUGAUCUUAGUUUGCAUUCAAACAUCUCUAUGCCAUUUUCCCUCUAUUCAUCUUCCUCUGCUUUGCCUGUGACUUCCGGUCUGAAAAGCCACAUAUAUGUCUGUAGUUUGAAAACUAUGGAACCUUCAGAAAAGCUGUCUGCAGACUGUUAACCCUUACGGCUCUGCUAUUUAUUCAGGAGUUUGGCAUGCUGUGUGUGCAUGAGAAAGUAAAUAAAUAAAUAAAGGGGAAAAAUCAGGAAAGCUCCUCCUGAUGGUUUUGUGGAGAUGACAGAACUAAUGAACUUUUUGUGGCUUUUCCAGGCUGAUUUUAAAAGUGAUAUUUUUGUUCUGGGUAAGCCUCCGUGUAGCCCAGUGCUGUCUAGGAGAUCCCGCAACUCACCUGUCAGAGGGCUCAGCAGCUCCCACAGGGUAGGGUCAGAAUGCCCCGCUUGGAAUCAGACACCUUAAUCAUACUCCCUCUUGGUAGGCUGGCAACUAGUUGCCAUUACUGUGACUUUCCAAUAAAGUAGGAGGAAGAGAUGCCCUAGAUAUGAAGUGACCAUCUUCAACUGAUGAUGAGCUGUGACAUUAGGUCAACAUGAAAAUCCUGCUCUAAGUCUUAGUGCAAUGUGCUUUCCUUUUAAGUGUGCAUGUGUGCUUUCCAAAAACCAAACCCCUGAUCAAAGCCUCUCAUAUACAAAUGACAGUGUAGUGUUUGUUGUUUUCUAUAUAU